AUGGUGACCUUGACGUUAGCGUCACGCUUUUAAAGUUCUGUACUGCAAGUUGCUAGCAUGCAAGGAGCCAAAUGAGGCAUUUUUCCCUCCUGAAGGAAUUUCCGGAUCGGGCUGACGACCACCAACACAUUGGGCAAAACGCCAAACAACUACCCGAGAGGGAAAAAAACCCUUGAAGCUUCUGGAGAUAGUCGGACAGGAUAUUCCAGUGCUCCGAUCAAUCUGUGAUGAGUUUCGACCAACAUUAUCCACUGUGCCAAUGGUCCCUUUCCGAGCCCACUACUUGGGUCAAUGGUUGACUUCGCUGGUUCACCCGUCCCUGGAGAAUAAUGUACUUUCGGCCGCUCUCAUGUUUCACAAGAUUUAGGGCACAUUUAAGCGUCCAUGGAAGCGAACAACAACAAUGGCCACAUGCGACUGUCUGCGCUGCCAAGCUUGCCUUGUUUAUAAAGGUACCGUAGACGGUCGAAGGACGGAGUCUCGAAAGUCUACCCUUCAUACAGCAUACACACUGUCCGGUGUGGUGGAUUCAAUUGACAACUCUCGAAGACACAAAUACAUGUCGCAUUGAUCCACGGAUAAUGGGUAGCAUCGAGCAGACCGACGUGGAUGGUUACCCUGCCAAACGCAAUACUACUUGCUUGGUAGGUAACUAUCACAUCGAAGGCUUCGUUUCAGAAUCUGGCGUGGCAAACUAUCUAGGCAUUCCAUACGCCGAGAUACCAUCUCGUUUCCGACAAGCGCGACCGAUCAAGUCCUCGGAGGUGAAAGGCACCUUUGAUGCGAAGAGGUACGGCCCGAUUUGUCCUCAAAACAUCGACCUGCCACGCAAAUGGCGGGAACAUCUCUACCACGGCGUUGUCCACUCUGAUGCUCUGCCUGUAUCGGAGUAUGAGUGCUUGAACUUGAAUGUAUACGCCCCUUCUCAGCGUUCAGAGGGGCUACUGCCGGUUUUCGUAUGGAUUCACGGUGGAGGGUUUGUUGUUGGUGACGGCGGGCCAGAGUAUGACGGAAACUAUAUCGUAGAAUACGCGUCAAAAUUGGGCCAGCCCUUCAUUUACGUGGCAUUCAACUAUCGCCUCGGAUACUUUGGCUUUCUACAUUCCCAGGAACUCAAGGCAGAAGCAGGUGACGCAGGUGAAGUUCGAUUUGCAAAUGUUGGGCUUCAUGAUCAACGACUGGCGUUACAAUGGGUCCAACAGAAUAUUUGCUACUUUGGAGGGGAUGGAAGCAAUGUAACGAUAGCUGGGGAAUCCGCUGGCGCAUGGUCGGUGCUGGCACAUUUACGCUCGGGCGUACCCAUCUGCCAGCGCGCGAUGAUAAUGUCUGCACCUUCUCUGGCUCCGGGAGCAGCCCAAACAGCCCAAGAGGCGUUUGACAGCCUCUUUGCGAAGGCCAGUUCUACCGGUGUCGCAUCAGACUGUCAGAAGCUCGAAUUUCUCAGGAACUUGUCUGUUGAGAAGCUUCUAAGUCUUACUCCACCAUCUCUCAUUCUUCCGACAUGGGAUCCUGAGUGGUUCCUCCACAAGGAUGGCUUGUUGCCUCUUGACAAGGUUGGCGAUUUUCCCUCAUGGUGUGAUGGCAUUACUGCUGGCUGGACCCACGACGAGAUUGCCCUGUUUGGAAUCGUACACGGUUGGGAUCACUGGUCCAUCGACAUGGUGCAAGCUGCGGUCCGACUUGCUAUACCGGAUUCAAGCCUUGCCGACGAAGUCAUCGAGACAUACGGCAUCAUGAGCAAAACACAAGAUGCCAAAUCGGCUGUGAAAGCUCUAAUUGCGUUUGCCAGCGACGCGACUUUCGGCUCAUUGAUGGAGUCCAUGGGUUCGCAUACACAUACUUCGACGCCGGUCAGCCUAUACAGAUUUGAUCAAGUGGACACUUUCGAGCAAAGUCCCUUUCUGGGGUAUGCAUAUCACGCACUUGACAAUGUUUUCAUCUGCCGACUUCCGGCUGUGGCAGGGAAACAGGCGCCGUUGGAACUGCGGCUCACAGCAGACGCACUGACCGAAUCAGUUUGCAAGUUCGUCUACGGCAAACAACCAUGGGCGCCAUACAGUUUGUCGGGGCAAAUUAAAACAUUCAACGGCCACCAGACUGGCUUGAUCGAUUGGACAGGCUCGGCACAGUGGAAGGCCCUAGCCACUACUCCAGCACGGGUAGAUAUGCUCAAGAAGAGCGCUCGUGCGUUGAUGUCAAUAACGAAGGAGGAGCUGCUUCACCAAUAA